AUGAACGAGCUCUUUCCAGCGGCCAGGGUGCAAGGAGAAAAUGGGGAUCAGCUGGUUAAGGACCACGCCGGGCGGGCAAAGGGGGGAAUCAACUUUCGGCUGUUCCGACGGUGGCCGCAUCCUUCAGAGCUGGGCUGGGAGGGUGCAGCGGAGAGAGUGAGCCGGGAGGGCGGGCGCCGUCCGGGCGGCACCCGCGGGGUUGGCCCCGGCGCUCGCCGUGGCCACGCGCUCCAGGGAGGACAGGGGAGGGCGGAGGGGAGGGAGGGAGGGAGAGAAAGAGGACUCGAGGAGGGGAGCGCGCCAGAGCGCUGGGGACCGAGGCAGAGGAGGAGCGCGGCAGCGGCGGAGGCGAUCCCGCGAAUUCCUUCCAGUAAACACCUCCCGGGGGUGUCCGGAGGGCUGGGGGUGGGCGCCGCGGCGCCUACAUUAGCCCGGCCGGGCUGUGCCCAGGCGGCAGUCGGGUCUGAGCCGCAGCGGUACUCAGCGCCCCGCGCGCCCAGCGCUGCGCCCCGCGCCCGGCUCGGCGCGAUCGGCUCCCCGGCGUCUGAGGCGCGCCCGCCCUCCCGCCCGUCUCUCCGGCUGCCUUCCCCCGGGCUCCUCCGUCUCCGAGGAGCCCCAGGCGCUGCGGGGCCGCUCUCCGCCGCCGUCCCCCGCUCCCCCGCCUGCUUGCGGGGCGCGUGGGCUCGGCGGAGGCGGAGAGGGGAGGCUGCAGGCGGGGAGAAGAGGCGGGGGCCGCGGCGGCCGGAGCCCAGAGGAAAGUGGCAUGCCCGAGCCCUGGAGGCGGAGGUGGCGGAGGCGGCCGCGGGGAGACGAUGCAGCGGCUCCGUAGGGGAGGAAGGCGAGAGCGAGCCAGGCGAGCCGGGCGCCCGGGCGCCCGCGGGCUGCGGGGAGGCGCGCGCCACUCCGAGGCUCUGGCCUCCGCACCCCCGCGCCCCGACGCUGCGGGAGAUAGGGCCGGGCUCCGGCAGCCGCCGCCGUCGCCGCCGCCGCCGCCACCCGGAGAACGGAGCAAAAGUUUGGAUCUGGGGGAGGACGCGGCGCCGAGCGGGAUUUCUACUGGGGCCGCCAGGAGACCUCCAAAACCUUCGCAGAUUGCAGAUUGAGCUUAACCAAGAAGCUCGUGGGCUGAUCCACACUGACCUGACUGACCACAGAAGAAAUUCUGCCGGCCUGGUUGGGCCCCUCUUGGCCGUAGAUAACUUGGCUUCACUUGUUGCCUGGGUGGAAAAUUCUUCCUAUUGA